AUCUUGCGGAGCAGGAAUUUAUUCGUAGAAUAUUGAGAGAUCGCAAGUGCGUUAAUGUUCUUUUCAGACGAGAUUGUCUUAAAAAGAAGAUUAAGCAUUAUAAUAAUGUUAGUAUCUUCAGCAAUAAAUAUUAUAAGCAGGAAUAUUUUUACAUCAACAUCUGCAAAUCAAGUAAUUAAAUUAACUCGAUUGAGAGUAGUGGAUAACAGUGAAAUAGGCAAGCUAGCUAUGAUGGAAGGCAAACCACCACGAUGUAUACAUGUUUACAACAAACUUGGAGUGGGAUAUAUUGGAGAUAGAAUUUUAGUCGCAAUAAGGGGUGAAAAGAAGAAAGGUAUAUUAGUAGGACUGAAGCAAAAACAAGUUCCUAAAGUUCCUAAAUUUGACAGCAACAAUCUGGUACUCAUAGACGACAAUGGAACACCUCUCGGUACAAGAAUACAUGUACCAAUUCCACAUAUACUGCGAACUAAAUUAAAAGAGAAAACCCAUAGUAAAGGAGCAGAUUAUACUAAAUUAAUAGCGAUUGCAUCCAGAUUUGUAUAGAAUAUCUUAUUAACUUAUAGAAAUAUAUAUCAAAUAUUUCAAUAAAGUUUCAAUAUUAUAA